UGUCUGGGAAAGCCGCACGCACGUUCCAGCAGCCGGGUCGCGCGCUACCUGAGCCGCUACGUGAACAUAACGGCCAAAAAAUGGAACUUUCGGUUUUCUCAUCUUCUUACUUUUUAUUGGCUCUCGCGCUGACAACGACGUUAGCAACCAAAACGAACGUUCCACGACUUCGCCUCUCCUAUAAAGACCUGUUGGCCACUAACCGCUCCUCUGUGUUCUCUGGUCUCCGCGGUGAACUGCAGCUGUCAGCGAUGUUUUUGGAUGAGUACCAUGACAGGCUGUUUCUCGGAGGGAAGGAUGUGCUUUAUUCUCUUAGACUGGACCACACACACUCAGAUGCUAAAGAGAUCCACUGGGCAUUGCCUGGGAACCGAGAAGAGUGUAUUCUGAAAGGAAAGGACUCAGAGACGGAGUGUGCUAAUUUCAUCCGGCUCCUGCAGCCGUUUAACCGGACUCACCUGCUGGCCUGUGGAACCGGAGCAUUCCAACCUGUGUGUGCACUUGUUUAUGUCGGACACCGUGGAGAGCAUGCAUUCUCAUUGGACCUGUCCACUGUUGAAAACGGCAGGGGAAGAUGCCCUCAUGACCCCAAACUGCCCUUUGCCAGCACAUUCACUGGUGGUGAGUUGUAUACGGGUCUGACGGCUGAUUUUUUGGGGCGGGAAUCAGUGAUUCUGAGAAGUUUGGGGAAUCGCUCUCCCAUGAGAACUGAAACAGACCAGAGAAUACUUCACGAGCCCAAGUUUGUGGCUGCCCACCUCAUUCCAGACAGCACAGAUAAAGAUGAUGAUAAAGUCUACUUCUUCUUCACUGAGAGAGUGAGCGAGGCUGGAGAGAGAGAGGGAGAGGCGGCUAUACACACACGCAUCGGACGAGUGUGUGCGAAUGAUGCUGGAGGUCAGAGAGUGCUGGUAAAUAAAUGGAGUACAUUCAUUAAAGCUCGACUGGUGUGUUCUGUACCUGGACCUCAUGGCAUUGACACACACUUUGACCAGCUAGAGGACGUGUUUCUUCUGAGAACGAAAGAUGAAAGAAACCCAGAAGUCUAUGCUGUUUUCAGCACCAUCAGUAAUGUAUUCCAGGGCUUUGCAGUGUGUGUGUACAGCAUGGCUGAUAUUCGUGAGGUGUUUAAUGGACCAUUCGCUCAUAAAGAGGGGCCAGACUACCAGUGGGGACCGUACGAAGGACGCGUUCCCUACCCACGACCAGGAGUGUGUCCCAGUAAGAUCACAGCUCAGCCAGGCCGUGUGUUCAGCAGUACUCUGCAGUUUCCAGACGCUGUGCUGCAGUUUGCUCGCUCUCAUCCCCUCAUGUGGAGAAGUGUGUAUCCGGCACAGCGGCAGCCUCUGCUGAUCCGCACCAGCAUCCCCUACAGGCUCACGCACAUCACCGUGGACCGCACACAGGCUGAGGACGGACCCUAUGAUGUCAUGUUCAUUGGCACAGACAUUGGUACUGUCCUGAAGGUCAUCGCACUGCGAAAUGGCAACUCGUUGACCAGUGAAGAGAUCACACUGGAGGAGCUGCAGAUCUUCAAGGUUCCCACCCCCAUCACCUCCAUGGAAAUCUCAGUGAAGAGGCAAUCUCUGUUUGUGGGUUCGAGUGUGGGCGUGGCUCAGGUUUCGCUGCAUCGCUGCAGUAUGUACGGUAAAGCGUGUGCUGAAUGUUGCUUGGCCCGAGACCCCUACUGUGCUUGGGACGGACAAGCAUGCACACGCUACACCACCAACAGCAAACGGCGCUACCGCAGACAGGACAUCAGGCACGCCAACCCAGCCCUGCAAUGCACUGACCAGAACCAGAGCGUGGAAGACAUGGACAUGGCUGAAGACAGGGUUGUCUAUGGCACAGAGAACAACAGCACAUUUUUGGAGUGUGUUCCUCGCUCUCCACAAGCUACUGUCACCUGGCAUGUACAGCGUGAUGAACAUCUGGAGGAGGUGUUGCUGGAUGAGCGGGUAGUAAAAACAGAAGAGGGCUUGCUGUUCCGUCGCGUGUUACGUCAUGAUGAAGGUGUGUACGUGUGCCGCUCUCGCGAACACGGCUUUACCCAAAUCAUCUCUCGUAUCUGGCUGGAUGUCUUACGAGGAGACACCCUUUCCGAUUUUCUGUCACGUGACAGCAAGCACAGGGCGUGGCCUCCAUGCCCCACCCACCUGGGUCCAGUCAGUCGCACCCCAGGGAAGGCAUGGUUUAAGGAUGUAUUGCAGCUGAUUGGUCCAUCGAACCUCCCUCAAGUGGAGCAAUACUGCGAGCGCGUCUGGUGCAACGAGAAGCUGCGACGGAAACACAAGAACAUGAUGGACAAAUAUCGACAAGCGCAAGACUUAGCACGGAAAACCAGGAUCACCAAGAACACGGGAGAACGGAACCGUACACCGCGGGAUACAAGCAGUAGAAUGACACAGACACUGAGAGAAAAGUGAGAGACAGACUGAUGGACCAAGAAGUUUCUUAGUUAGAAAGACUUUAAUCUUUCUCAAACUUAAAGACACAUGCUCCAAUAUACACACUCCUCUCACUCUCACAGACUGUCAGAUGCUGUAUAUAAUGUGUUUACUAUCUUAACUGCUCUCAGUUUAAGAUGAACCUGUGGAGCUAAUUUUGUAUGGUGUCUCCUGUUAUCUUGCUAUUCUAUGAUGUCAUUUUUGUUAUAAUUUGACGACAGUUGGAGAUUCAACAGGACAAAUAGAGCCUAUAUGGAAGGGAUGGGUUAUACAGCAAAAAUAUGACAAUACUAAUAUCAUAAUACUUCAAGACUUUCUCACAAUAGAAGAUAUCAUAGUUUUAUCUUUUCUGAGGUUUGAUAAGUUGGAACAGGAAAAAAGAACCACACUGAAAAAAUACUAUCAACAAUUGUGAAUGCAGUUAUUUUUACUCAUUGUUUACGUACUGUGCUGCACUUAAUCCAGGCCUAAUUAUGCUGUCUUUGUAAUUAAACAUGCAGUUGUUUAGUGUUGUACAGAUAUUAUCCACAAUUUGCUCACAAAAGCAUGUUUUUACAUUAUGUGUCGCAAUUUAUUGUGAUACUGAUAAAUAUUUUCAUAUUGCCCACCCCUAAUAUAUGGCUCUGAAAAAGAGGCUUGCUUUGAAUUUACUUGAUUAAAGUGUGCACAUCGGCUCAACAUGAAUAAAAUAAAAUACAUCUACAUAAUUCUUGCUAAAAGAAAGUAAAAUGAAUGACAGUAAUUGUGAUGAUAUAAUAUAUUUCAUUCAUGUGGAACCAGUUGAAUCACAUUUUUUACACAUUUGAAUCGAGUAAAUUCAAAGAAACAUUUUUAAGUGUGCUUUGAUUUUAUUAAAACCCAACUUGAUAUAGGUUUCUAUAACAGAAGCUAAUGGGUGUGUUCAUUACAUUGCUCACAGAAUGCUUCAGUAUACGCUGCAAACAAUACCUUGGAGAGCAAAAGUGUCUUAAAUGUUUGUAAUAUUCCUCAAAAAAGUAAAAUUAUGUCAUUGCAAUGGCAGAUACUUUGGUUUGUUUCAAGCAAUAAUACCAGAUUUGGGAAUGCACUUCAAAAAAAUACUUACAAUAAGUAUGAAGUCUAGAAAUUGGUGUGUAUAUAUAUAUAUAUAUAUAUAUAUAUGUGUGUGUGAAAAAACAUCAAUGACUAGAGCCAAAAUCUGCCAAGUAGCUAUUUAUCUGACGUUGCUACUAAUACAUAGGUCAGUAAGUUCUGUAUUACAUCCUGAUCAUUACUGAAACCAUUAGUUUGCAUUUUAUAUUGAAAUCUGUGUUUGCUAAAUGCUAUUAGCUAACAAUGUGAUUUUAACCAUUUCUGCUAUUCAUUAUUUAUGAUAUACUACACAAACAGCUAUA